AUGCCGCCAAAAUUGCGAAGGCACCACGUGGACCGGCAGAAAUCCACCAGAUCUCAGGCUGUCGAUCGUGCCGAGGGCGUCAUGCUUCUUGGUUCCCAAAGCUUUCCGCUCUUCCGGCCCCCCGACGCUGACCGCAGAGCAAGAGCUGGUCAGCGGCUUGUUGAAGCCAACCAGCGAAGAGCCGAGUUCAGCCGCGUGAGGCCGCGUGAAGAAGGGGGGCGGUGCAUCAAGAAGAAGACGGUUCUAAAGUUUCUCCGUGGACACCUUGGCAUGAACUCUGCGCAUCAGAUCGUCGACUUCCUAGGUCCCGGUUGCGACUUCCAGCUAGUUGUCCUUCAGGCUGGCGAAGCUCACCAAGCUUCAACUCUAGAUGUAGGACUGCGGAAGAUGACGGAAGUGUGGCAACAACAUCUCCAAAGUCGUCAAAGCCAAUGUUGCGGAAUCGUCCUUUGCGCGGGAACUCACCGAGUUCGUACGCGCCUUGAAUUCCCCGUCACGAUUCAAGGCCCCGAGAAUCGAGAAGCUUCCCUUGCAGCUGCCGAGUGGACCAUUGCUGGUGGCUAUCUGGGCUUGAAGACUCUGAAAGUGGCCCCUCCAGACUGCAUCCGUCUCAGCCUUUUCCACAGCCUGCUGAAGGUUCGCGUGGGGAAUCUGUGGAUCAGCGACUGUGAGUUUCAGGCGGCAGGGCCCAGGGAUGGACAGCUGGGGCGACAUUGCAUCAAGGUCCACAAAGCUGCAAGAGUGACGGCGGAACAUUGCAGCUUCAGGGCUGCGGAUCGGGCUGCGUUAGACUUACGCAGUCAUCAGGUGAGUAUCAGGGAGUGCCGGUUCAGGGACUGUAUGUCGGCCAUCGACUGUGGCCUCAGCCAGCAGAUCCAAACAAUGAGUUACCAACAACGGCCAACUGUCAAUGUGGUCAGCUCACAGUUUGAAGCUGUCGGAGUGCGGAAACCUAUCCCCAAGAAGCGCGCCAGAAUCGUUGAUUUUCCGAAUGCUGCCAUCUUUCUUUCGGAAGAAGAGCAUGUGGACGUGAAACCCGGGGUUUUGGUGCGGAAACAGUUCGCAUAUGCGCUUGUUCAAGGGUGCAACUUUCGGGAUGUCAAUGAUGCUAUUGCUGCAUCUUGCCAAAGUUGCAUUGUGUCCAACUCGUUUUCCGUGGCCAACACUGCUAUUUGGGUGUCUCAUGGCAAUCAUGGUGAUGAUUCAGACAAUCUCUCCGAGAUCUCAAAGAAUACCCUUGACUGCUGCGACACUGGAAUCCUUAUCACUGGCAUUCCACAAGUGCUUGUGGAGCACAAUCAAGCAGACAAUUCCAGGCGAGCAAUUGUCUUGAUGCAUUUGGAUCACAUGUCGCGUGUGGAAGGCAACCAAAUCCGAAAUGGCAAAGCCGUUGGAAUCGGUGUGGUGGCUUCCCCGGUGCAGUUGAUUUCAAACACCCUCACAGCGCCAGGAUUGAACGGCAUCAAUCUCGUCGGUUGCCGAAAGCUGGAGUUUGCGGUCAUGGACAACCUUAUCAGUGGAGCGGCGUCAUCAGGCAUUGAGGUCAUCGGACAACGUCGAUCUUGGAAUAAGAACGGGGUAGCUGCGCCGUCGGAGUUCGCAGCACUUCGUUGUGGUGAGAUGUGCCCAGCAACCAUCAACGUCGAGCCCACUGAAGUGACCGGGAUCAUUGCAUACAACAACAUUAUUGGCAACGGUCGUGGUGUGUUGUUGCAAGAUGUGCCCGCAAUCAUCGAAGGCAAUACCCUGUCAGGGAACAAUGGUUGGUCAAUCCACAUGGACCUCCGAUUCCUCCGCUCGGAAGCCCGCAGCGCCAUUCUGCGGAACACGGUGGUGGCCAUGAGAAACAAAAAAGGGCAGAUGGUGCCCGACCGAAGCAUACGCCUCAGUAUGCCGGAGGCUGAGCGUUGCUUCUUUGGGGGUGUCCGCCCAAAGAUCUCGGCGAAUGUUCAGGAGAACGGGUACGAAGUAUUGCCCUUGGUCAAGCGCAGGCGGCUGGAGUGA